AUGGCUAAGCUCUUUGUUCACGGCCUUUCAUGGCACACCAAUGAUGAUACUCUUCGCGAUGGAUUUCAGCAGUUCGGAGAGAUUCAAGAAGCUAUCGUCGUCAAGGACCGCGCCACUCUGCGCAGCCGUGGAUUUGGCUUCGUACGUUUCGCUACGGAAGCUGAAGCAGAUGCCGCCAUGAGCGCCAUGAAUAAUCAGGAAUUCGACGGACGUACUAUUCGCGUUGACAAGGCCUUUGACCGUCCCUCUCGUCCCGAGGGUGGCUUCCAAGGCCGCGGCGGAUACAACACGCAGCCCGGUCAAGGUUAUCAGGGCGGUGGCGGUUUCGGCGGUGGUGGUGGUUACAACCGUGGAUAUGGCCAGCAGCAGCAGCCCUACAAUGGCAACGGGGGCUAUGGUGGUGGCUACGGAGGCGGUUAUGGCGGUGGUCAGAAUGCCGGAUACGGUGGCGGUGGUGGCUGGCGCAACAACAACCAGGCCCCAGCUCCCGAGCAGGGCAACUAA